CGAACAGUCCAACCUCAGAUGUGACACCAGAAGGCACCGCAAGCAGUUUGUCAGAAGACGACAUGAGGUCAGCAGUUCCUCCCACCAAAAUCCGACAAACCGCCAGGCAAGUUGACAGUGAUGGAUACAAGGGAGACGACGAGGACGAUGAUGAUGGCGUGUCUGUGGAAAGUGAUGCUGCAGCGGGAAGUGGACAAACUACCGGUGCCACCUCUUCAGCUGAUGCCGAUAUUGAAGCAUAUGCUGCCGCAUACAUGUGCGAGGAGGACUUGGUGUUCAUCAAAACACUAUCGAAAGGAAUGCGAACAAAACGUCCUAUCAAUAAAACAAAAACAGCAUCAAGAGGAUGCACAGGCAUCUCUGUCACCGUAGCAGCCUGUGAGUCAACCCUGACCACCCCUGCCUCUGUUAGUGAUGUUUUGAACACGCGUGGCAUUCGCCACCCAUCCGAUACCCUACUUCCUAAUACCAUCAGCCCUAGAAACGCCCGGGAUCCAAGUCCUACCUACAACCAGAACACUCAAAACUCGCAAAAUCGGAAUCCGAUGUAUUCGCCAAAGGCCCAAAAGCAGCAGCUUGAUUCCCACCCUGAACCCACCUUAGAUUCAGACAAUCCCUGCAUCCAGCCAGAAGCAGCGUCAUUUCAGGAAGAUGAUCAAACCACCUCUGGACCAGCUGUGGGUGAUGACGACCCCUUCCCCCAGCCAUAUGCUGUUAGAUAUAAGGAAGAAGACGAGGGUGUGGGUAUUACGCCGUACGCUGUUGCCUACAUGUGCCAGGAUGACACUGAUAGCACCGACCAGACGUAUGGCCAGACCAGUCCAGACUCAAGCAGCAACAACAAUGCGGACGUUUCAGCUUUUGAUGGAACCUUGAGGGAUAGCCAGCAGACAGACGUGCAGAACACAUCGAACCCGAAUCCGAUGUAUGCGCAAAACGCAUUGAACCCCAAUCCGAUGUACGGGCAAAACGCAUUGAACCCCAAUCCGGUGCCUAACGUUGUCCAGGAAGCACGUUGUGUGAGCAAAUCGACGCCAAUCGUGUUUGGUGAAGAGGGAACGCUACCCGGACAAAUAGACAAACCCUACGGAGUGGCGGUGUCCGCUGACAAUGAGAUAUUUGUCGCUGAUAUGAACAACAAACGUGUCCAAGUCUUCAGCAUGAAUGGCACCUUCCUCCGCCUCUUCCCACCGGAAGUGCCUGGCGGAAAUGACCAAGCAAUGUACCCUACUGAUGUGGACAUUGAUGAGCAAGGUCGUGUUUGGGUAGUGGGGAAAGAUCGCGUUAAUAGCUUUGCCGUGCGUGUGGUACAGUACGGUACAGACGGCCUACUGGUGACCACAUUUGUCGUGAAACGAUUUGAUUGGUACCCCAAAAUUGCGGUGAACUCGCGCUAUAACAGAAUCAUCGUGCUAGCAUGUAAUGAAUUGUUCAAGUUCAAACCAGACGGCUCGUUUGAUGGAAGUUUUGGCAAGAAAGAAGGCCCCAAACUGCAGUACGUCACAUGCACAUCAGACAGGGACGGUAACAUCCUCGUAACGGACACUUCUCUCCCCGGUGUCAAGGUGUACGAUCAUACCGGACAGCGCCUGUUCUCGUUCCGCACUGUCAGCGUCGGUAAAGGUAAGCCUAGAGGAAUUUGUAUGGACCCCCAGGGUCACAUCAUGGUGGCUGACUCGGGCAACGGGCGGGUGGACAUGUUCACAAGCCGCGGGAAGUUUGUCCGUACGGUUGUGAACGUUACAAACCCGUGGGACAUUGCUUUGGGACCGGGUGGACAGUUGGUGGUUACUGACGUAUCUAACUACAUCGUGACAAUCUUUCCACGAUGGAUGGUAUUUCCGGACGAGUAGGAGACUUUCGUGUAGAUGUCGGCUUUUGCACCAGGCCUUGCCUACUUUGCACAUUGUGGUUGGUUGAUGGUAUGUUCUAUCUUGAUGGAGAAUAGAACUUAACUAGUGAUGGUAUAUUAUAAAGGGGAUCAGAGUCCGUACUCUAAUUAAGCUAUUACAUC